CAGGCCCGCCUCCUCUCGACAACCCGCCCCGUUCUGGGUGCCGGUGAGCACGACCAGGAGCUCUCGUCGCGCCUCGCCCAGGAGAUUUCGUACGAGCAGGAGACGGCUGCCCAGAUUCAGCGCGAGUCUGGCGGAUCCGAGCCUGCGUUUCUGGCCGAAUUCAGGCAGGCUGGCGUCUGGAAGAUUGAGGAUGUGGCGGGCAGCGACGAGAUUGCGCUGACGAGGGACUUUGGAAACGAGCACAUUCGCGUCCUCUUCUCCAUCGGCGACAUUGACACCGCAGACGUGCAGAGCGACAUGGAUGAUGCCGAUGCAGAGGGAAAGGAGGACGAGGACACACCUAGCUUCCCUGUCCGAUGUGCCAUUACCAUUUCAAAGCCCAACCAAGGCGCGUUGACCAUCGAUGCUCAGGCCGUUGACGGCGACUUCAACAUUGAGAACAUCAGCUUCUAUAAGGACCCCAAGCUGGCCACCGAGCUGACGGCCGAAGCUGAUUGGGCGCGAAGAGGCCUCUACAUUGGUCCUCAGUUUGAGACGCUCGAUGAGGCCGUCCAAGCACAAUUCGAAUCAUUCUUGGAGGAGAGGGGUAUCGCCACGGACCUGGCUCUCUUCAUCCCCAACUUUGCCGAAUACAAGGAGCAGAGAGAGUACUGCUCCUGGCUCGAGAAUGUCAAAGCUUUUGUCGAC